AAGUUCCAUCAUGUCACUGCAGUAUGCCCUUGUCUUCCUCUUGCCCUGCCUGGCAUAUGCCCAGAUUGACCUGAAGCCCUACAACUACACGGCAACUGCCCUUUUCCUGAACUACGACGACAAUAGAAAUGGCGAGGUUUCCAGACAGGAAAUUGAUCUGGCAUUCCGAUUCUACGACACCAACAACAACGGCCGAAUCAGCAGACUAGAAUACACCAACUACAUCGACAACCACAACCCGGCAUUACACCCCCUCUCCCACGCCCUCUACGACAUCUACGACGUGGACAGCGAUGACCAGCUUGACCACCACGACUUCGACAACUUCUUCGCUUUAAUGGACAGCGACGACAACCAAAUCGUCAGCCAUUAUGAAUUCGUCAGGUACUGGACUAUCCUGCUAGAAGAAUUGGAACACCUUCACGCGCCAAACUGAUGCCGGACACUGUUUUGAUGAACUCUUGCAGAAUUUUAAGAAAAAAAACCAAACAAAGCAAAACAAAUCUGAAGAAAUUCGUCAACAUGUUUUCCUGAACAUUCUUUGUAAAUUCUUGAUUUAUUAUGAAUAAACAAAAUAACUAAAU